AUGGACUUUUCAGGAAACCGUUUUCGCCCAACCACCGGGGCGGCUGCCUUCCCUGACCUCAUGAACGACCCGGCCUACGAUACCAAUACCAAAGGCAAAGAAAGAGAUUUCGAAGAGCCUGAUACUUGUCGGAUAUGUCGGGGAGAGGGUACACCGGAAGAACAGCUGUUCUAUCCUUGCAAAUGCAGUGGUAGUAUCAAGUUCGUGCACCAGGCUUGCCUGGUCGAAUGGCUCUCCCAUUCCCAAAAGAAACACUGUGAACUAUGCAAGACACCUUUCCACUUCACCAAACUCUAUGAUCCCAACAUGCCGAGGAGUCUUCCAACUCCCCUGUUUUUGAAGCAGCUUCUGAUACACGGCUUCCGGUCUCUCGUCACCUGGCUCCGAUUCAUACUUGUUGCGUUUGUAUGGCUUGGGUGGUUACCGUGGUCUAUGAGGGCGAUAUGGAGAGCUCUGUUCUGGCUGGCCGAUGGCCGCUGGUCCGGCAGUGACAGCUCUGCACAAAGCUCACUGCAAGGCUCUGUUGCGAACAUAGCUGUGAACAGCACGCUGUCGGCUGUCAGUAGUACAGUGACUGCUGCAGCGACAGCCGCGGCCGAUUUUACUCGAUCCAGCGAAGCAGAUGUGGAAUCUUUGGAAUCGCCUGCAUCGAUCUUUGGCUUUUCCUCGGAAGAACCGCUCCUGCUUUCAAUUGUCAAGAAAGCCGUUUCUAUCCUGUUCUUCCCCGCCAUGUCGUCAACUGCUAGUCCGUCUGGUGUGGGGUCUGCCAACAUCACGAUCACAGGCUCAUACAACAGACGGCGCCCGUCAUGGCUUUCUGACGUGAAGUUCUUGAAUACAUUGACACCGUCCCCUACCAUAAAUAAUAUCCUCAUCGACACCUUGGAAGGCCAACUAAUCACUCUGCUUGUUGUUAUCUCUUUUAUAUUAAUAUUCCUCAUUCGGGAAUGGGUGGUUCAGCAGCAGCCAAUGGCCAACAUUGCCGAAGCAGAGCGAGAAGCGGCCGUGCAAUUGAUCGCGAAUAACCGUGCAAACCAGAAUGAUCAUGACCACCAGCCUGGUCACCACGAAGCUUUAGGUCCCGAGGAUAGACUACGAGACAAUGAACGUCACGCUCACGGCGACACGGGUCAUGAUGAAUCAGCAGAAGUCGAUGCGAUUGGCAGGGCAUUCGGUCCACACGAUGAGGAUUCGGCGGAACUCUUCCGACGAGGCAUCGAGCCUAGCAGCGAAAGCGACGAUGAGCCGGCCCUCCCUCGUGUUAAUCGAGAGUGGUCUGGUGUCGAGACCUUUAGGGACCUCUGGGCACGUGGCGGUGGUGACCCCGGACGGAUCCUGACGAUUAUCCGCGAUGAAGGUCUCCAGGACGAGCUUAGCUGGGUUGUCACCGCGAUGACCAACCUUCAGCGCAGUCAGGAUAUCCGAAAUAAUCCAACUGACGAACAAUCAUAUUUGGGUCCUUCCAGUAGUGGAUUGGACGAGACUCUCGAUGAAGAACUUGACGCCAGAGCUCCGUCACCAGACCUCUCUCUUCCUGCUUCACCAACCGAUGAUCUCGAAAACCCCCUGGAUGAUCCCCGCGUCUUGGUUCCUCGGCCCAGACCUUUGGAUGAGAUGGAGAUGAUAACUAGUCAUCCGCGGAAUGACUUUACUUUCGAUUUUACUGCGUCAAGAGGUGAUGACGUGGAUGAGCACGUCGUCAGAGCCAAUAGUUCCAGGAGCUCCACCAACUCCUCCAACGAUUUACAGGCCGUCCAGGAUCCCGAUGGUUUAGAGCCGGGGAGAAAUCAGCGUUCAAGCGGUCAAGAACAAUCGACAACAACUGCUCCGUCGCCAAAUCAAGCGGACCAGCCAGCGGCACCUCCCAAGCACCUUGCGGCUAAGAUUCUCGAUUGGUUUUGGGCCGACGUAAUUCCAGAGGGUGAUCAGGCGCAGGAUAAUGCAGAGCAAGACGAUGAGCAUUUAGUCGAAGAUCCUGCUCUUGAAGCACCCUUUGUGCCUGUUCAAAACAAUCGACGAAUCGCUGAUGCCGUUGUGCAGGAUGACCAAGGCAUUGUCGAUCCUGGCCUCGAUCCGAACGAUCUAGAUGCGAUUGAAGACGGUGAUGAUCUAGAAGGCAUAAUGGAAAUCAUCGGGAUGCAAGGUCCCAUUUUCACCCUCCUUCAAAACGGCGUCUUCAGUGCCCUCCUGAUCUCGUUCACCAUCGCGAUUGGUAUCUGGCUUCCCUAUCUGUGGGGCAAGAUUGCUCUUGUUCUCCUGGCAAACCCCGUCCAACUGAUCUUCGGUGUUCCGUUGACCGCGCUGUCUGUGGUUGCCGAUGUGACCCUUGACACCCUCAUUGGGAGUUUGGGCUACAUUAUCUACUGGGCCAGUCUGGCAUUUAAACUCUUACUAAGCCCCUUUGGUGCUCUUGUGCCCAUUGCGGACUGGAUGCCUUCUUCUCAGACCAUCACCAGUGCCUCUCUUUCCCUCAUUGAUCAGAGCGGCCAGCGGCUGAAAAGUGUGGUCGGUACCUUCUUUCUGUUCCAUGAAUCUGAUGUUCCUAUGUUCUCUGUCCUUUCCCAUCAGGCCUUGAAGAUCCACGAAGCGCGUAUUGCUAGCGUGUUCCAAACAACGUUCUCUAUUGGCCGGUUUGUAUUGUACGACUUUCCGCUCCGGUUGAUAGAUGGGGGCAUUUCAGAGGCACUGGCCUUCGUCUAUAGCUCUGUGGAUCUUUCCAGCAUUUUUUCUCAGGGCAGAGACUUAGUUCGUGAUAUCACCAAUGUUCUCCUCUAUCGCACAAGUCCGAAGUGGUUCAGCCCAAGCUUUGCAGCUGCUGGUAUGACGGUCGACUCCGAUCUCGCAGUGUGGGAUACUAAAGAUCGCGCGAUUGCAAUCAUUAUGGGUUAUCUACUCGCAUCAUUCCUGGGUCUUCUCUACCUUCGCAUUACUGGAUUGAUCUCAGGCAUGACCCAUGGACAGCGGGUUGAUGGCAUGGUUGCAGACGUACUGCACCAAGCUGGUGGGGUGAUGAAAGUCAUUUUGAUCAUCGGCAUCGAAAUGAUAGUUUUCCCGCUAUACUGCGGUGCUUUACUUGACAUUGCCCUGUUACCUCUAUUUGAGAAUGCCACCAUUUCAUCCCGCCUCGACUUCACAUCGUCGUCCCCGCUCACGUCCCUUUUUGUGCACUGGUUUAUUGGCACCUGCUAUAUGUUCCACUUUGCUCUUUUUGUUUCUAUGUGCAGGAAGGUCAUGAGGAGCGGUGUAUUGUAUUUCAUUCGUGAUCCUGACGAUCCGACCUUCCAUCCUGUACGUGAUGUUUUGGAACGGAAUAUCACAACUCAGCUGCGCAAGAUUGCCUUCAGUGCCCUGGUCUACGGUGCUUUAGUCAUUGUUUGCCUGGGAGGCGUCGUUUGGGGCUUGUACUAUUCAUUCGACAAUGUCUUACCAAUUCAUUGGUCGGCAAGAGUCCCCGUUCUUGAAUUCCCAGCUGACCUGCUGUUCUACAACUUCAUUAUUCCGCUUGCUAUUCAAUCCUUUAAACCCUCUGACGUUCUACAUGGCCUCUACGGCUGGUGGUUCCGUCGCUGCGCUCGACUCCUGCGGCUGACUGACUUCUUUUUCGGGGAGAGGAAACAUGAUGAAGAAGGCUACCACGUUAGGCAUACCUGGCGUGCAAUUCUGACAGGAGCUCAGGGAGAUAUCAAUCACCCAGUCAGCAGUUCUGAGCACAGCACCCUUACUGGCAGCGGUCAGCACCCUGACGCGUACUUCGUGCGGGACGGGAGAUAUGUCCGCGCUCCCGCGUCUGAUCAAGUGCGCAUUCCCAAAGGCAGCCGCGUAUUUCUCGAUGUUACCGAAACAAACGAGCGGGUGGAUGGGUCUCCAGACACCGAGCAGGGCUUACAUGGCCGGUCAAAUGAUAUGUUCACAAAGGUGUACAUCCCACCGCAUUUCCGGAGCCGAAUUGCUGCCUUUAUUCUCCUCAUCUGGUUGUUCGCGGCUGCCACAGGCAUAGGCACCACGAUUAUCCCCUUGGUCAUUGGGCGCAAAAUCAUGUCUUACUACUUCCCCAACCGCGCAUUGAACGACAUCUAUGCCUUCUCCACCGGCGCGUGUGUGGUGGGCAUCGUCGCGUUCGUCGUCUUCUACUGUCACAAACGCUACGACAUGAUCAAAGAGCGGUUGGCCCCGUAUGUGCAGUCUCCUCGACAAGCAUAUGCCGGGACUGUUAGUGCUUUGACUAGUGGGCUUCGGUUGCUCUAUAUUGGUAUGGCUUUUGCGAUAGUACUACCUUCGCUUUUCGCCUUGAUAAUGGAGCUCUACAUCUUGGUGCCAGCACAUACCUACUUGGGCGGGGCUGAGACACACGUCAUCCAUUUCGUCCAAGACUGGACACUCGGUGUGCUCUACGUCCAAAUGGCGAUCAAAUUUGCAUUGUGGCGCUCGACUUCUCGACCAGCGGCUGCCCUCAACGCUAUAUUCCGUGAUGGAUGGCAGAAACCGAAUGUUGGACUUGCGACUCGGGCAAUUUUACUUCCGCUCAUUCUUGCUGCGUCACUUGCUGUCGCCCUUCCUCUGUCUCUUGGGUUCGUGUUGAAUUCGACCAUGUUCUACUCGGCGGUCGAUAUGCACUCCAUGGUGUACCGUUACUCGUAUCCGGUCACCUUACUGUUUACCUUGUUGGGAUGGCUCGGGUAUCUGGUGUACCGUCAGCUGGAGAUUUGGCGGAUCAGCAUCCGUGAUGAUGUUUACCUCAUUGGCGAACGACUCCAUAACUUUCGCGAAAAGCGCACGCGGGAUGUCGGAGUGUCUCGCCGGGUGACGACAGGUUGA